AUGAUGAUGAAGAAUCCCAAGACGCAAGCUCCAAUAGAAGUAACCAUAAAUGGGAUGCUCAUACCGGAAACAAGUGCCAACAUAAAAGCCAUGAAACCAAAUAGCACACCAGCAUGCAUUGCUACAACUGACCAUCUCUUGUGGGCUGGAAAAAGAUACCCAGACACCAAGAAAGCAGUUGAGGAGAACACUACUGCGGCAUUCACCCACUGGGUCAGUGUAGAUAGUGGCCGUUUAGCUUGGAGAGCUUGUGAAGUAGCACUCCCUGCGGCAAAACAAGCUCCCAUUAUCAGUAUCAGCCAUUUAUUCGAGUCCACCGCCGUCACACCGGAAGCAACGGAAGACAAGGGUAUGGCCUUUAGUAGAGCGGGGCAGGAGAAACGACCCAAGUUGAAGGAGACCAUUUGUGAUGGAGUCUUGGCAUCCGCUGCUAUGGAUCAAUUGAAAAUUGAAAGAAAGCGGGACUCUGUGGAAAUUGAGGGGUGUCAGCAACAGGGACACAAAGGAACGACAAGCAUUUUAACUGGAAAGAUGCAAAUUGAAGAUAAAAUAUACAACUCUCAACAUGCCAAUCAAAGGAAACGAGGAUGUGAAGCUAUGAAUGUUGACAGUGACCUUGACCAGGAGAAACGCGACGAGAAGAAUCCGAAGAGAGUAACCUCUGAUCAUGGUCCCAUGACUGUGCACAAACGGGCAAAGCAGAGAUGGAGUAAUAAUCCCCCAAAAUGUGAAUCGUACUGGACAAAAACACAGGCUGCAAAGGAUAUUAUUAACAAAGUGGCAAAUAACGCCUUGCCUACUUUGCAAGCUCUGGAAAGGAUAAAUGAAAGACAUCAACUCGAAUGCUCUAGAUGUGGUCAUUGGAACGAGGAUGUGGAGCAUGCGUUCUUGGAAUGCCAAAAAUCGAAGAGGGUUUGGAGGGCGUCCAGCCUAGGUUUCAAUUUUGACAGUGGCGAACCCACAAGCUUCUGUGGUUGGCUAAAUGACUGGAUAUUGGAAGCACCGAGUGAAGACAUAAUCCACCACUCCUUUUACAUGCUUUGGGCCAUCUGGUUAAUGAGAAACAAGGCAGUCUGGGAAGGGCAACAACAAGACCCUUAUGUGGUACAAAUAUGGGGUACAAAGGAAUUCCAAUUUUUUCAGACGCAUACACAACUGAGGCAUCUCGAACAGAGCCCAGACACUAGACCUAUUGAGAAGAUAACAAUACAAUUCCCACAACAAGGUGCUAUCAUACGAGUUGAUGGAGUCUUUAAGCAGGAUAGGCAUAAAGGAGCUGCAGCAUGGGAGAUUCUUAUAAACUCAUAUCAUCAUCUAAGAUCAGAAAGUGAAACCUUUUAUGCCUCCUCAGCCUUGCACGCUGAAGCUUUGGCUUGCCUUAGAGGAUUUCAAUCAACGCAGGCAAUGGGAAUACAUGAAGGAGUGCUACAAAUAGAUAGUGCUAUAGUGGCUGCAUUAGCCAAUGGUAGACCAUUACCUCAACCCUUAGUUGAACUAGGGCAAGAUAUCCAGAGUCUUAUCUAUCCCUCCACAAACCUGCAUUUGUGUAAAGUAGAAAGGGAGUUAGUAGAGAAUGCGCAUAAAAUGGCUAGGGCUCACCUGUAG